AUGGCGGCUCGUCACCGUCGAAUCCGCUCUGAGGAGUUUGUCAUCGCCGCGUUUUCCGCUGCCGACGCGACCGACGAGUUGCAAGGCCCCCCUGUAACGAACGCCGUCGCGUAUCGCGGCGCGCCAGAGGCAAUUAAAGCCAGCGGCUCGAGAGGCAAGCAGCCCCCGCAAGCGCAUCCCCCGCGUAGUAAACCGCAAGAAUGGCCGCUCGCUGCGGGAGCUGGACCGACCGGUCGAAGCAACCGGCCAGCGACGGCUAGCAGUGAGCAGACUGACGGUCCGGCAGGUUGGAGCCCAGUUCCCAAACACGCGAUCCCGGAGGGGAACAAGACGAGACGUGAGGGGGAGGGGCCUGGAAUAAUCGGCGCGUUUAAGCACGGGCAUAGGCGGAGCCAAAGCGGCGGACCAGGAGGCGUCGUGGGAGGGGGCGGCAUAGCAGGAGAGAACCGCCGGCAAGUCAGUCCCCAACCGCGACCGUCAGCCGUCAGCAAUCAUUCUGACGGUCCGUCAGGAAGGCCGGGCAGCGCACCACGGAACGCCAGCCCCGAGGAGAAAGGCCGGCGCGAAGGGGCGAUUGUGGGCGCGGGUGGGGGGGACGCAAGCGGAACGGGCAGAGCAGUAGGGCCGCGGAGCGGCGUGAGAAGGGGGGGGCGGAAGGUUUCCGCCAUGGGGAAUAUCGAGGGGAGCGUGGGGGAGAAAAGGGGCGGGAGUUACGGGGAGAGAUCGCGGGGUGGCGUAAGAAGCCCCGCUGACGAUGAGUACGACGGGGAGGCGGAGGAUGUGCAGGGGAGGCGGGUGCGCAGCAGCGGAGGGGGAGCAGUUGGGGGAGCAGGAGGGGGAACAAGUGGGGAAUACGGCGGGGGAGUGGCGCAGCAGGCGGAGCGACAGGGGGAGCAGCAGGGGGACGGGGGGUGUCCGCCUAUGGGAGCCCCUUGCGCAGCAGGCAAGGGGGGCAAAUAUCUUCCCAAGGCGCGCAGAGGGGCUCCGCAGCAGGCGCAGGGGGGUAUGCGGGGGGAAUGGGGGGAGGGGGAGCUGCGCCUUCAGGAGGGCACUCUCCCCGGUACCUUAGCUGCGCAGGAGGAUCGGGACCAAGCCAAGCUGGCCGAAAUCCAGAGCAUGUUUGCCAAUUGGAAUCACGGAACGCCGAUCCCGUCCCCCAAAGCUGGAGCCUCGGCUCGGGCCGAAGCUGGCUUCCCGCUUCGGACGCCCCAGCCUAGCGACUACUACCGAAUCGACGGGGGGGAAACGGAGGGGGGAGAGGGGAUGGGCGAGGAGGAAUCUGCAGCAGAGGAGCUAGGGCCGACUCGUGCGAAUGUGCUGGGAGAGCCUUAUUCGGAUAUCAGGAAGAAGUACAAACUAGCUGAGAAGGAGCUAGGGCGGGGGAACUUUGGAGUGAUCCACGUGGGGGAGAAUUUGCAGACUGGGGAGCAAUUUGCAUGCAAGAGCAUCACCAAGGCUAAAUUCGAGGUGAGGAGAUAUUUGAUUUUGAGAUUUGAGAAGCUGUUUGCCUGCAAGUUUAUCACAAACGCCUUCGAGUGCCGGGACUACGUCGAGGAUGUGAGGAGGCAGUGCCGGGACUACGUGGAGGACGUGAGGAGGCAGUGCUGGGACAACGUGGAGGAUGUGAGGAGGGAGUGCUGGGACGACGUGGAGGAUGUGAGGAGGGAGGUGAGCGUGCUUGAGACGCUAAGGGGCCAUCCGUUUGUGGUGUCGAUCGUUGAGACCAUGGAAGAUGAAGAUGAGGUGCACAUAGUGAUGGAGCUGUGUGCGGGAGGAGAGCUCUUCGAUCACAUUCUCGACCGCAAGUACUACGGGGAGAGGCAGGCCGCGCGGGUCAUUCGCUCCGUGGUGGAGGUUCUGGCCUACUGCCAAGCACGAGGGAUCGUGCACCGGGACUUAAAGCCCGAGAACAUUCUGCUCGUGUCGAAGAGGAGUGAUACAAGGGUUAAAGUGAUUGACUUCGGCAUGGCGUGCAUCUUGAAAUCGGGCGAGCGCUGCAAGCUGAGGGCAGGAACGCCCAACUACAUUGCUCCAGAAGUGAUAGCGAAGAACUACGGAGCAGAGGCGGACGUGUGGAGUGCGGGGGUGAUCCUGUAUGUGCUGCUGUGCGGGCUGCCGCCCUUCUGGGGGGACACCACAGAGGACGUGUUCAAGAGCAUCCUGUGGCAGGAGCUCGACUUCGAGACAGAGCCAUGGCCCGUGGUCAGCACCGCUGCCAAGGACCUCGUUCGCCGCAUGCUGUGCCGCAAGUAUGAGCGGCGGAUUACUGUCGCCGAGAUUCUGAGGGACACCACAGAGGACGUGCUGAAGAGCAUCCUGUGGCAGGGGCUGGAUUUCGAGACGGAGCCUUGGCUGGUUGUGAGCACUGCUGCCAGGGACUUGGAGGGCGGGGGGGUGAGAGACACCACAGAGGACGUGUUCAAGAGCAUCCUGUGGCAGGAGCUGGCUCUUGACGCCCAGCCCUGGCCCGUUGAGCUCGACUUUGACGCCGAGCCAUGGCCGGUGGUUAGCACUGAACCGAACCGCACUGAACCACCGAGGAGGAGGGGCGGGUUCAAGAGCAUCCUGUGGCAGGAGCUCAACUUCGACACCCAGCCCUGGCCCGUUGUGAGCACCGAACCGAAUCGCACUGAGCCACAGAGGAGGGGCGGGUUCAAGAGCAUAUUGUGGCAGGAGCUCGACUUUGACACCCAGCCCUGGUCCGUUGAGCUCGACUUUGACACCCAGCCCUGGCCCGUGGUUAGCACCGCUGGCAAGGACUUGGUCAGACGGAUGCUGUGCCGCAAGUAUGAGCCAACUGUUGCUGAGAUUCUCAGAUCUCUCUCAUUCUCCCUCUUCGUUUCCUCUCUCAUUUUCUCUGUCAUUCCCUCUUCAUUCCCUCUUCAUUCCCUCUUCAUUCCCUCUCCCAUUCCCUCUCUCAUUCCCUCUUCUGUUCCCAACAGAACACCCAUGGAUUAA